ACUCAAAUACUCUUUCCAUAUGUUUAUUUAUUGCCCAAUUGCGUAGUUUCUCAGAGUAGUCCAACUUCCCACACCCUCUCUUCUUCCUCGGCUCCACGUUCAAUUUUCCGGUUCUUCUUCUUUGAAUAUGCUGCUUGGGAAACGCCCUCGCCUUCCGAUCAAGAGAACUACCAGUAUGACUGGAAUCAGAGGGGAUAUCCCCGACGUGGAAUUUGAAGAACAACCGUCCGAUCAGAACAACACCGGCUACGAUCUUCUUCACCACCCCAUGCCGGUUUCAGUUCCUCGUAAUACCACCGCCAUUAAUUACUCCGCCUUGGUUUCUCCUCGAAAUUUAAGAAAUCAGUCCGCACGUGACGGCCUCUCUCAGCCACCUAACGAUCACUUCCUCCGCACGUGCGGUCUCUGCAAACGCCGCCUCGCUCCGGGCCGUGAUAUCUACAUGUACAGAGGGGACACGGCGUUUUGCAGUUCGGAGUGUAGAGAGAAGCAAAUAAAAGAAGAUGAGAGAAAAGAGUACGGAGGGAAGAAGAAAGAGGAGCGGCAAGGGGGGGCGAUGGCGUCGACGGUGGGGGUAAGGGGGUCGGGGAAGAAGGAAGCAGAGGGUGGCCAUGGAGGGAGGCCCAUUAUCCCAUGUUGACUAAGACAAGGCUCGCAGUGGUAAACGUCUUGAAGCCAUUACUUCGGGUAGAGCUGGCUGAUUUGUAAGGACAACUAUACUAUGGUAGAUCACUUAAAAAGCCCAAUUAUUGAAUUAUUCGUUUUAUUGUGCUCGAGCGAUCCAUUCAGUCUAGUUGCAACUUUUAUAUAGUGAACAAUUAUACUUAGAACGUUGUUUAUCAAAAGUGUGUCUCCAUACCCUAUCAAAAGAAUGUUAUUUCAGUUUAUAACAUUUGUUAUUCCAUAUCACUUGCUUUUGGAAAUAUACAAUGUGUGUUUACAUCUCAA